AUGAAUAAACUCCUGCACAGCAGCCUUGACCGUUUACUUACUUCCGUCGCCACAAGCGACCUAUCUUCGUCACCGGCACGGCCUGCAAUCUCGCACUGCGGCGCAUCCAGUGCGACUUUGAAGGACAAGGAGGGUUCUGUACUGCAUAAGAGCCUUUCUGCGUGGUAUACCGCUGGCGCGCGCAAGAGAAUCAUCGGCUCAUCUGACAUGUAUGCAUCCGAGGAAUGCAAGGUGGUGCACCACCCAAACAAGAUGGUCUACACAAAUGACGAGGGCGAGCGUAGGGAGAUUUACAUGCCCACCCGCGAUUUCUACAAAGCAAUGGCUCACAUUAGAAAAGAAGAAUGGGACGAGCUGGCCAAGUUUCCUAGAUGGGAAAACCAACGCUAUACUGAAGCUGAUAACUUGAAAAACAUUACGGAUCUCACAGCCUUCUAUUCGGUGCCUCCUCCCGAGUAUGAUGAUACCGCCCAGGCAGAAGAUGCGUCUAAAGAGCACGAGCAUGACACCAGCGAAAAGAAAUAA